AUGGGUGAAAUGGCUGAAUGCAAAUUGGAAGAAAGGAAGGAAUUUCAAAUAGAUAACGCACUCUCUCUCUCUCUGUCUGUCUGUCUGUCUGUCUCUCUGUCUCUGUCUCUGUCUGUCAGUCUGUCUGUCUGUCUGUCUGUCUCUCUCUCUCUCUCUCUCUCUCUCUCUCUCUCAAGAACUAUUUGGGGAGAAAUUCAAAAAAGACGUCCAGAGCAAUUUCUUUUCAUAUCUAUCUAUCUAUCUAUCUAUCUAUCUAUCUAUCUAUCUAUCUCAGUCUGUACAUAUCUAUCUAUCUAUCUAUCUAUCUAUCUAUCUAUCUAUCUAUCUCUGUUUAUAACUGUCUAUUUCAGUCUAUUCAUUAUCUAUCUAUCUAUCUAUCUAUCUAUCUAUCUAUCUAUCUAUCUAUCUAUCUAUCUUUAUCCAGUCUAUCUAUCAUCUAUUCCUAAAUAUCUAUCUCUGUACAUCUAUCUCAUCUAUCUAUCUAUCAUCUAUCUAUCUCAGUCUGUACAUAUCUAUCUAUCUAUCUAUCUAUCUAUCUAUCUCAGACUGUACAUUAUCUAUCUAUCUAUCUAUCUAUCUAUCUAUCUAUCUAUCUCACUCUGUUUAUAA